AUGGAAGAUGCUACCGUCACGUGCAGAGAAUUGGGUUACUUGGGAGCAAUGUUAGACGAGGCGACCAGGAAGUCGUGGGAUGAUUAUACCAGCAUGGGCUUCUACAUUAGCAACGUGGGAUGUGAAGGGACUGAAAGCAAUCUGAUGGACUGCGAAAGAUCAAUAAUACCGAGCGGUGACUGCCGCUCUCCUUAUAGGGAAGCCAGUGUUACGUGUAAUAUUCCUGGAUAUCUGGGAUGUUAUUUUGAUAACACGGACAACCAAAGUUCUUCGUCGGACAAUACACGCAAGUAUAUCAGCCAAGACAUGACUGUGGCCAGAUGUACCACCUUUUGCCGAGAUGAAGGAUUUCCAUACGGAUCGCUGGUUCGUGGUCUGGAAUGUCGUUGUCGUGACAACAUCACUGAACUCUACCAGUGGAAGCGAGCGAAUAAACUAUGCGACUUUACAUGUGGUGGUUCGAGUUAUAUAUGCGGUGGUUACCAACACCUGAGUGUGUAUGAAACUAAAUAUGGAAGUUGUGGAGAGAACCCCAUUACACUGCAGGCCACGACUUCUGGAACCCUGGUUUCACCUGGAUUCCCGGGUGACUACCCAGCCGGGUCGGACUGCCAAUGGAUUUUGAAAGUCGGUGCCAAGAAAACGAUUAACAUGACAUUCAUUAUGUUUGAGAUGCAUUUCGAUCAGAAUGAUUGGGUUGAGCUGAGAGACGGUCCGGCUGAGUCUUCACCACUUCUCGGCAGUUUUACUGGUGUGGACUACGGUUCGGGUACUCUACCAGAUACGAUAACAUCGACUUCAUCGGAAGUGUUAGUGACGUUUAAAUCCGACCGAGCCGACGAGGAUAGGGGAUUUGUUUUAGAAUAUAUAGAAAUCGGUACAGAAGGAGACGAAAACGUACCCGAGGACAAUAAGGGUUUUUUGAAAGGAUUCGUAGUUGGUGCUGUAUUUCUGGGUAUCACUCUUAUAGUCGUAGCUAUUAUUUUUAUUGGUACAUUCAGGUCGAUGAACAAGAACAAGAAGAGGCGGUUGCGGGAGAGUAUAGCGGAGGAGCCGCCCGCGGACGUUGAUAUUACAUAUCGAGUGGUUGAACAGAGAUCUCGCGCACGGCCAAGUUCUAAUGACGAUACACUCACACAAAUACCGUCAUACAAUUCACCGGACGAGGUGGAUCAAAGACCGUUGGAGUCGCAACAAAUGUUAUCAAUACAUGCGAGUGAUGCGCCUCAGAAUUCCGAUUCGUUUCCUGUUGAAGUUAACAAGGAAAGAUCAGCUAUAGAAAAACCCCGGAAUGUUGAGGAAACUAAGCCCAUUAACCGAACAUCAGUUCACGAUGAAUCGCCGCCAGAUUCGUCGAGUAGCGAGUCCAGUUCUGAUGGCGAGGGAAUAGUAGAUAACGCCAUCUACGACAAAGCCGGAACUCAAGUUUAG